AUUCUAAAGAGGGAGUAAUCCGUUACAAAGGCUGUACCUACUACCGGAAUGACCUCUUCCGAGCCAAGACCAAGACCAAGACGCAGCCCAACCCUCAGCCCUUCCUUCAGCUGCUCAGUUGCACACCUUACAAGAUGUCAGCCCGGGAAGCCCUUGACGUCUCAAUAGAGAUCUUGGAGGAAGUGCAGAAUGUCCGGGAGGUGGAGGUGUUGUAUGAUGGCAGUGGCAGCAGCAGUGGAGGCGGCGGUGGUGAACAGCUUGCCCUAUCGCAAAAUGAGGUGCAGCAUAUACCCUCAAACCAGUUGCCGCAACUCCACCAAGAACAGCAGCAACUGGCACCACCACCACCUAGACGGCCACAGCGGCAGCGGCGACCAGUACAGCAGUACCAUCAACAGCAACUGGAGCAGCAGCAGCAGGCAGCCAAACAAAGACUUCAGCGGCAACAACAGCGACAGCAGCAACUGAAACAGCUGCAGCAACAGCAGGCCCAAGUACGUCAGAUGCAGCAGCAACAGCUGGCCCAACAACGAGUGACACAGCAGCAACAACAAAAGCAACAACAGCAGCAGAGUCAGCAGAGGGGAGUGAAGCGCAAGGAGCCUGAGGUGAAGGUGGUGCGGCAACCAAAGGCACAGAAGACCACUCGGAGCGAGGUGGGAGGUGCCGGCACCCUUAAAUACCGCAAGCGUGUUCCUGAUGAUGACAUACAAAUAGUGUUUGAAUGGGAUCCAGCCCAGGUGAUAGCAGAGCGACAGAAUGUGGAAGAGUGGGUGGCACGCAAUGUGGUGACCAUGUUUGACCAGGAGAACACUCUUCCCUUCAUUGCACGCUACCGAAAAGACAAAACUGGGAACAUGGAAGUUGAGAAACUGCGAGAGAUUCAAAACUCAUAUUCCCAAUUAAAGCAUGUUCAAGAGAGGGUGCUGAAAAUCUUAAAGACAGACAAUAAGAAGCUGCCAGAGGACCGCAAGACAUCGCUACUGUGUGCCACAACCAUGCAUGAGGUGGAGCACCUGACUGCUGCAUAUAAGGGCACUGGAAAGCGAACAUAUGCUGAGCGAGCACGGGAGCUGGGCCUAGGACCUGCUGCCACGGAGGUGUUACAGGGCACACAGAACAAAUAUCUAAUCCAGCAGGAGCUGUAUUCCCUCAUUGACCCGAACCGUGAAGGCCUACGCACUGUGGAGGAAGUUGAGCAGGGUUUGCAACACAUCAUUGCUGAUGUCAUCAGCAAGGACCCACAAGUUCUGGACUGUGUGCGUCGACUGUAAGUGUUCUUGCCUCCACUUCAUGACUUGACCAAUUCAAGCAUGAUUUUAUUUAGCAAUGUGCCAAUAGUGAUAUGUUUCUUAUCUUAGGGCCACUUUCACAGUUCGACAUGGUGGGUUAGUAAGCUUCCAAACUAAUACUAAAGACUUCAACAAUUCAUUGUGUAGUGUUUUGUAUUCAUAUUUAAGUUAAGAAAUUUGAGGAAGCCAUAUGGGAAAUCUCUUUUGUAUCUGGUGUUGUUUUGAAAACCUAACCAUUAUGGAGUUCAGAAGAUUGAAUAGUUUGGUUUGGGCGACCACAGUACCCUCCCGAGUUUCACGCUUGCUUCGUUCUAAAGGUAUAGUGCUUAACUCGAGGAUCGUGAAACUCGGGGUAUUGAAAACACUGAAAAAGCGCUUAUUUGUUCCAACCUGUGGAGAAGCUGACUUUUUUUCCCC